AUGGAGGAUGGAAGGGGGGACAACUUCCUGUUGGUGCGCCGGCUAUGCUCGUGGGUGUUCAUGGAGGAUGGAAGGUGGGACAGCAUUCUGUGGAUGCAGCAGGCAGUGCAGAUGUACCAUAUUCUGAAUUUUGAAUCUUGUCUCCUGAACUACUCCUCGCCGCCACCACUUCUACUACCGGUGGUAACCCUCGUCGCCACACCUGGAACCGGUUGUCCGUCAAUAGAAGGCGGUCUGUGUCCAUGCUCCGCUGAUCACCCAGUCACACCCUCUGUACGUGGAGAAUGCCUUUAUUCUUCUGUUUGA